UGUAUUGUUAUUCGAAUUCUCUCUUGCAGUGUUGUGUUUGUAAUCUACAUUAUGUCGCUUUACUUCAUUUUGCAACCCCAUUCUUCUCAACCCUAAAAUCGUAUUGUUUGUUUCUUUCUUCUUUUGUUUGUGUCGAAACGACAUGGAGGUGAUGGGAAUAGUAAAAGGUUUGAGCAGGAUAAUUGUGCAUUGGGUUAGGCGGUGACAGUGUUUGAAGUUUAGGGCUAAUUGAAGAAGGCCCUUGUCCCUUGCCGAGUAAUUGCUCUGUGACACUCUCAACUUCUUCCACAUCAACAUUAGGGUUGCAUGAAAAGGCGUGGGUUGCAUUCUAGUAUGGAAUCACAACCUAGACUUUGCCCUACAUUUUGGUCCCUUCAUUUGCUUCAAUCACUGUUCCACCUCCAAUGCACUUCCUGUGUUGAUUACUACCUUCUUUCUGAUCCAUGCCCCUAAGCAUUUCCCAUUUAUUUCAUCACCGUAUAAUGUUCAUAUGUUAGGUUUUACUUUGUCUUCAUUUCGAGUCUAUACUUGUUGUAAAUUUUAAAUAUUAGAUUAAAGUUUUCCUUUGAAAAAUAAUUUCACUCGUUGGAGUGCCUUUUCUUUCGUGAUAAAGAAUCAUUAUCAUUCAAAUUUUUAUGAGUUUUCUUCUAUUGCACUGUAGUUAUAUAUGCCAGUACAAUCAUUCUUUAUCUACAUUGUGUGCAUAACAGGUGUUUGACGAAAUUUCCCACAAAGGAAGCUCAUGGACUAUAGGUUUCUGAUUGUUGGGCCCAAUUAAGCAAAAGGCCCAAUCGGUUCAAAAUUUUAAAUUUCACAGCGCCUUUUCUUCCUUUUCUCUCCCAACACACAAAUUUACAAGAUUUGAACCCCAAAAUGCCAAAGCGAAGAAGACAACUGCGAAAGCAACCGAAUCAAAAGCUGAAUGUGAACCUCAAACUCAAACGCAGUCGCCUCAAUUCAUGGACCUCGAAAUCCAAGCGAUUAGGGCGGUUCGCGACGUGGAGGUUGAGCACUUGCUGACGGAGCUGCAAUUCCUGCGCUCGCGUUUCAGCAGUGAGCAGCUUCAGAAACCGCUGUUUCAGGUUUUCCAAGAAACCCUACCCAACCUCUCUGUGGUGAACGACGAGCGCAACAAGAAAGUGGGAGUGAAAUGGAGGGGGAAAGAGAGUUGCAACGACGUGCACGCUUCUUUGCUCCAAAGGACCUACUGUGCUGAGAUUGCACACAAUGUAUCCACAAAGAAGAGGAAGGAUAUUGUUGAGAGAUGUUUUUGUGACAAGCAAAACUGUCAGACUUCGCAGCCAGGAAGAUGAAUAGAUCCUCAUGUCUGGGAUCCAGAUUUAUAUUUUGUAGUGAGCUUUGGUUGAUAGAUAGACACCCUUGGUAAAUUUUGAUUGCUUUUGAUAUUUUCUUGACCAAAACUUUGUUGCAUGUUAUACAUUUUUUAUGUUGCUUUUUGUUACAAAAUUUUUCACCUAAUCUUGACUAUAUCUUUGGUUCUAGUUAACGUGGGUUGUUUUUGACGUUUUUUUUUUUGUUUUGCUUCACCUUAUUAGCAAUGUGGUGGUUGUCAUAAUGGGUCUGUUCUUAUCUGACAACUAAAUCAAAAAUUGACAGCUUAUCAAAAGGAACCUUGAAUUAGAGAGAUAAGGGAGAUUGGUUAAAAAACUCAUUUAUCACACAAUUACUAGGCCUGUCAUUUCUUUUGCAGGCAGAGUUGUUCAUCAAUAAUUCGUGCAAGCUCUUCAUACUGAUCACUGGGAUGCAGUGGUUCAUAUUCUCAAGAACAUUGAAAAGGCUCUCGGACAAGAACUUCUAUAUGAAGAUGAAAGAGACACCCAAGUUACUGGGUAUUAUAAUGCUGAUUGUGUAUGAUGCUUAAUUGAUAAACGCUUUACUAAUGGAUAUUAUAUAUCGAUUGAUAAGAGUGUUUUAUAGAAAAAAAAAAUCGAUUAAUUGCUGUAGAAUAUAAAAUAUAGUGAUAAUCUACUCAUUCUUCAUGUUGUCUUUAAUCCAAUGUUUCAUGAAAGGAUUGGACAAAUAAAAAUUGACAGGCUAUGUUCAAGAAAAAUUAUUAUUGUAUCUAUCAACUUAAUGAUGAACUUUAAAGAUCUUGACAAAAUCUCUAACA